UCAGAAUCGGCAAAACAACCCAGAACGUGGCACAUGGAAUGCGAACGAAAUUCAAAAUGAUCGAAAAAACGAACGAAUUUCGUUACAAAAAUCGUGUAUAAAUGAUUGACUAAGGUGGAAAAAAAUCCAUUGUUUUAUUUCUUUUUGAGCUAGAAAAGUGUUCCAAUCGGGAUUGAGUUGAACGUCAAAAGAAGUGAAAUGAAAUUGAUCGUAGUUUUAUUGUGUGCCGUUACAUCAAACUUGUUCGGUUUGUAUUCGGCACAAACGGAUACAAUUAAUCCGAAACUAUUAGAGAAUCUACGGGAAAAACUGGAUGAAAUGUACCGAAUACAAUGUUCAUGUGCAGCUUUCUCGGACUGGUUCGGCGAUGGAGCUGACAUUCUCAGGGGUAUGGUAUAUAUUCGAAGUCCUUCUCCAGCUAAAAAGUCGUCCGGGACGUCGUCUGCAGAAGCAUCGGCUAUGUUGUCUGUACUUGUGAGCACGGUCGUUGAGAAAAUCGACGAAAUUGGGGCGAAAAAUAUGAAACUCGCAGAGAAUGCGUAUCUUGACUACAUGACUAAAAAUUCCAACAAAAUGGCUUGCAUUAACAAAGAACUUUUAAUUAGUAAGCUUCAACACCAAAAUUCAAACAUUGUAAAAACAGUAGACAGUAUCGUUGAUCGAAUGUAUAAGCAGACAAAUGAAUUGUAUAAAUCCGUUCGAGGCAUUGAAAUGAAUUACAUCGAUGCAUUAUUUAUGGAUAAAAAAAUGAGAGACAAAAUCAAAGCAGCUCUCAGUGAUCUAGCGAAGUUUGCAAUGCAAACAUCAACGCCAAAGCCCGAUGCGAUUAAAAAGAAAGAAACAGAAGUCAACACUACCAUUAUCAAACCUUUGCAAACUGUCCUCGACGGAGACCGCAAAGCGCUCAGCAAACUUUUUAAGGAAGUCGGGGAACUGUAUGAUGUCUAUAAUACUAAACAAAGGGAAAGUAGAGAUGAAAUUUUCGGUCUUUUUAAAGCCAAAAAUUAAGAUAUUGUACCACUAUUUCUAUUAGUGAGACGUAAAAGAAUGCAAGUUUUUCCAACUUUGUAGCAAUAAAGAGAAGUAUGUUUCAUUGCAACUAAUAAUGGUUAAAAGAAUGUAUGUUCGUUUUUGGCGGGUCCUCGCGGUUUUUCACGGUUUUCGCGGAACUGAUAGGAGAUAACAACUUAGUGUCUUCGACAGUUAUCUCUUAUCUCUUAUCAGUUCCGCGAAAAGCGCAAAAAAUUAUAAGAAAAAAAAGUUCUAUAUAAAAUUAGCUUUUUCAUGUGCGCAAUUUUCGCGCAACUGAUAAGAGAUAAGAGUUACUUGUCUUCAGCAAUGUUAUAGAAUACCUUGAGUACUACAACUUUGCCGAAGACAUCCAGUUGUUAUCUCUUAUCAGUGCGCGAAAACCGUGAAGACCGUGGAGGCUAGACGGUACUACAACAAUACUUUCUUUUAACGCAGAUAGAAUCAAUAGUAAACAUACUUUCCUUUUCAAAAAUAUAAAUCGAGAAAAAAACAUACAUUCUUUCACGUCUCACAAAUAGAUUUGUGGUUUAAUCAGUUCGAUUUGAAAGUUUUCUGAAGAUCUAGUGCAUCGAACAUAUAGUUUUAGCAAUGCUGUCAAAUACAGAAGACUUUUUAAUUGAAUAAAACCCUUUUUUGAAAUGCAC